AGCAGCAGCAGCAGCAGCAGCAGCAGGAGGAAGUGUUGGUGCAAGCUGUGACCGCUGCCGUGGACACCCUCCUACAGAAGUGCAGCCUCAGCAUCUUCAUGGAAGUAACUCGCACUGUGACCGUCCACGGCCUGAAGGAGGCAGCGGCAGGCAUGAUGGUAUUCUCGAUGGAGGAGGAGGUGCUGUCCCGAGAGGAGACGUGGAGACAGUCUGCGUGUGAUAUUUAUGUCUUUCUGAUGACAGGAGGAGACGCAUUUAUCCGUCACGCAAAUGUCAGCCACUAUCAUGCCUCCGCCACCACCCUCGAGCACCCCCAUGCCCUCUGGAACUACAACGCUCACUACAUUCUCCUUUUUGAUUCUGGAAACGCCACUCUCAGUCCAUCAGACAUAGCAACCCUAUAUAAUUUCAAGAAAACGGAGAAGGUAUUGAUCUUACAGCAACGAGAGAAGCAUCUGUUGGCGUGGACCAACCAGUUGUAUGCAGCCUCCUCUUCUCUCACACUUCUUGACACCUGGAGGGACGGGAAAUUCCACCGAGGCAAGAGUCUUUUCCCAGAGAAACUGAAUGACUUGCAUGGAGUUGUAUUGCGUGUAGCCACGUUUGAUCACCCUCCAAGUGUUGUGUACGUCCUUGAUGACCACCGACAUAUCGUCAAUCGUCUUGGAGUUGACAUGCAAAUUGUGCAAGUUCUUGCAAAGUCGAAAAACUUUUCUGUUGAAUAUGUUGAAAUAAAUCCCGAUGAUCUAUGGGGAUUUGAGCUAGAUAACGGCACUUGGGUCGGUCUCGUUGGAAAGGUUUACUAUGAAUUAGCUGACAUUGGCGCCUGUAACAUGUUCCUAGAGUUAAAUCGGUGGAAACAGGUUGAUUACUCAACCCCUUAUAACUUCGAACGCGGGUGUUUCGCGGCACCGUCGCCCAAACCACUGCCAAAUUGGAAGUCUCCAGCGAUGCCCUUCACAUGGGACACUUGGAGCUCUGUGGUCGUGGCUCUGGCUGUAAGUGGAGGUAUCUUACAUCUUAUUGUAGCUAUCGGUGUCAGUCCAGAAUUACCAGCAUUCAGGAGUCUCUCACACAAUUACCUCUACAUCCUGGGCGCCUUAACUAUGCACACGCUCAAAACAGUGCCAUUACAUGCACCGGUGCGCGUGUACGUAGGCUGCGUUGGGCUCUUUGGUCUCAUCAUCGCCACAGCUUACUCUGCCAACUUGGUCGCUUUCUUAUCCGUUUCUCCGAUGUCGGCUCCCAUCGACACAUUGGAUCAGCUAUCAAGAAGCGGCUUAAGGAUUGGCAGUCACGCCUUCUGGAAGACUCAGUUUGACUCCUCCAAUGAACCAGUUAUCCGCGGCUUUGGUAAAAUUUUAGAAACAGGCGUUGAUCUUUAUUCUCUCUUUGACGAAGUUGAAGAUGGAAAAUUUGCCCUUAUAGAAAACAAACAGUAUGUAGAGCUUGCGAUCGGUGCACGUUUCACUUACGGUAGCUACUCAUCUAUUCGCAUCGUACCCGAGUGUCUACUGACGUACAGCAUAGGCCUAGCUUAUCAGAAGAACUCCCCGUUGAGGUCUCCUUUCGAUGGCCUUAUCUUGCGGUUGUUUGAGUCUGGGGUGAUUUACAAAUGGCGUGAGGUGGUGGCUUACUUCAGAGCUCAGCACGCCAAUAAGCGACUCCACGCCCCAGAGUCCCACACUAAGCCUCUCAACCUGGCUCACCUCCAGGGGGUCUUCUAUGUUCUCGGCAUCGGCUCUCUCGUUUCGGCACUCAUUUUAGCCCUUGAAAUGGCCGCAAGUACCCAGCAAAACGCUCAGCACUCCCCUCUUCCAGAAAAAUGUUUCAACUAAGAGAAAAUAUCCUAGAACGGUAAUUCUUAUGUUUUAAAUAAAAAAUGAAACAUAAUACAAAUCACAGGUAUUUAGUUGUGCUACCAACACUCUGGGAUACGUCCUCUUCAAUAGAGUGCCCUGAUGCUGGCGAAGGACUAUAUUAAAAAAGUGGAACUAUGCCAUUUUUUUUAUCAAAACUGACUGCCUUCCAUUUUCCCCAAGGAUACGUCACUUGUCGCCCUCACUUAUAGGCCCAUGUUCAAAAGGAUCUCUUGUUUAUCACUUCCGUAUAUAUUAGUUAAUACAUUCGACCAGUGCAACUAAUAAGAUUAUUUUUACUCGGGUUAUCCAGCAUCAUCCUUUGACUUUAAAAUAUGGCUAAAAACAGAAUAAAACAAACUAACUUUGAUGGUAAUGUAACGAAAAACGAAGGCGCUUUAAUUAUCAGCGCUAAGACCAAUGCAUCAGUCAACGCUCUUAUCAAUAAAAGCCUACAUACACACACCACAAAUUCUUGAGAAAAUGCAAGCCUCCAAAAUAAAAAAAAAUAAAAAUAAAAUAAAAAACGAACACAAUAACAAUAGCCUCACUAGUUCAUAAUAUCUUGCUAAAUCUGCCUUUCAAAACCACCUGGAUAAUUUUCGACAGAGAAGAGUGUAGAUAUACAGUGGAAUCAGCUUUCCGGAAGAGCUAGUAGCAACCUAUACAUUAACAACCUUAUUCACGAGAUAUUUAGCACAUAAGCGGAAAUAAAGAAAAAACUAUCACUAAUGACCGUAUAUGUCAUACACAGUCAUAAGUGAUAUUCUCAUAGGCUAUAUGUUAUAAUUAAAUUUGCAGUGACUAUUAUGUUGCAGCUUCAAUAACCUAGUUGAAAUGUAUGAAUAGAUAUAGUGUGGCAUAUCUGUCACGGGUAUAAGUAUUAGAUGACUAUGCUUUCCUUGACCGCAAGCAUUAACAUGGGAGAAACAAAAAUUUGGGCUGAACCUUGAAACUGCUAGAAACUACAGAUUUUUUUAUGCCUUAUGACUUGCUAGGUUAUGAUCACGAAAUCGCAUGAUGUCACCCUCUCACCACCAAAUAGUUUUGUACACGCUAUAAAGAUUAAAUAAAAAGGAGCCAAUAUUCGAAUUAAAAAAUAAUAAAAAGUCGAGCAGCGCUCCAUACAUUCCAUACUUCUUCAAUACAAUAUAUGUAACGUUUAAUAAGAAAGCUGAAGGUGAUUUUCAUGGCCUACAUAAACAAGAGGGAGAAAAACAGGAAAAAUCUUGACCCAGUUGGCAGGAAAAAACUGAGAUGAAAUUUCUCAACAUCCUCACCCUAAGAACAGGGUAAAUAACUUCAAGAAUGUACAUUACUGUACAGCCAAUGAAACUUAUAAUAACACGAGAGGUGAAGUUGAAACUGGACACCAAAUGACAGGAACAUUUGUGAGAUUUCUUCCAGGAAACAUUUAGGGAUUACAAUGUGGACCAUGAAGAACGAGUAUUAACUACGAAAAACAUCGUACAGUUAAUUCUUUAUUAGGAACUAACAAAAUUUCAAAUCUCUGAAUAAUCAAUCUUAAAAAUUUAAUAAACAAUGUAAUAACAGUUUGCAGCAUUAGGUAUAUAAUUUAAUAUAAAGCCUCCGCCUAGAAACAUAAUAACUUUUUAUUUCCAUUUUAAAACAUGAUGCAAAAACAUAUCAAAAGUAUUCUUGCAAAAAUCUCAAUACAUACAUUUGCAUCUUGAACAUAAAUUUUUGCAUACAGUUUUGUCGAAUCGAAAUAUAUUCAUAAAAUACAAAAAUAUUUAAAUAAAUUUGCACAGAAUUUGUAAAGAACCGACUGAAAAAGUGAACUGCAAAAUGCUACAGGUCUAAUGCGAGGCAUCGAAUAUGGCCACUGUACUAUUACAAUUAUAUCUUAUAUUCAAACCUACCUAUGUCGUCCGAGGUAAGGCGAGUGAUUUGCAUACUGUACUCGCUAUGGAGAAAAAUGUGUUUAAUUUUUCUGAGCAAGGAAAAAUUUAUAUGGCGACUUUUUAUCGAUGGUUCAAAAGGAGAAGAUUCUUCAGUGACACUUGCCAGUAUUAGAGAGGUCAUUGUUUCUUUGACAUCGUUGUUGACCGUUGAGAGGCUCAAGACACCAUUUUUACCAUCAUUCUAACAUUUUAAAUGAAACAGUGAUGGCACAGUUUACAGGUAAUAAAGGUCUUGCU